AAUGUCGAAAUAAGCUUAUGGGUUUAGACAUCGGGUUUUGUCGAUCACUGUCCCAGACUCCAAGUUACCUUGCGAUAGUUCCUUUCUCUCCCCGAAUUAUUGUACUGAAUCAGUAGGCUCCUUGAUUCGAGUACCAUACUUGAUACUAGAAAAUGAAUCCAAUGUCAAUCUGUACGACGUCGUCGUCGUCUUCAAGCUCAACUAAAGCCUGGAUAUUUCACGGCAUUGCUGUUGGGGCAGCUGUGGCCGUGGCUAUCGGAGCUCACGCUUACCUUUAUCUCCGCCGUCCUGGGAAGUUUCGGACGCGGGUCGUUGGAAUUAUACCCGCCCGUUUUGCUUCCUCUCGCUUCCCGGGCAAGCCACUUGUUCAGAUCCUCGGCAAACCCAUGAUCCAGAGAACAUGGGAAAGGGCUAAAAUGGCUUCCUCAUUGGACCAUGUUGUGGUGGCAACGGAUGAUGAGAAAAUUGCUGAUUGUUGUAGAGGAUUUGGUGCUGAUGUGAUAAUAACAUCAGAGUCUUGCCGAAAUGGCACGGAGCGGUGUAACGAAGCUCUUCAAAAGCUGGAAAAGAAGUACGAUAUUGUUGUUAACAUUCAAGGAGAUGAACCUCUGAUUGAACCUGAAAUUAUAGAUGGCAUUGUCAAAGCCCUGCAGGCUGCCCCGGAUGCUGUUUUUAGUACUGCAGUGACUUCCCUGAAGCCUGAAGAUGCAUUCGAUCCGAAUCGUGUGAAAUGUGUGGUUGAUAACCAUGGUUAUGCCAUCUAUUUUUCACGGGGGCUCAUUCCAUUCAACAAGUCAGCAAAUGUUAAUCCUCAGUUUCCAUAUUUGCUUCAUCUUGGGAUUCAGAGCUAUGACUCAAAGUUUCUAAAGAUUUAUCCCGAAUUGACACCAACACCACUUCAAAUGGAAGAGGAUCUCGAACAACUGAAAGUCCUUGAGAAUGGCUAUAAGAUGAAGGUGAUAAAAGUAGACCACGAGGCCCAUGGAGUAGAUGCCCCUGAAGACGUGGAGAAGAUAGAACAUUUCAUGCGCGAGAGAAACUUGUCGUAAUUGUUGAUGAUUGGAAAAAUCAUCAAGGGUUUUAAGUUCACAGUUCACUUAUUACUUUUAGUUAGAGACAGAAAAUGGUUUAAGAACCAUGUGGGCGGUAAAGAUACAUAGUUUCAAAUGGUAAAGGAACUGAUGUAAAUUUGAUUUAGUAGUCUGUUUUGUGUUUGAUGCUUUGGUCCUAGUGGGGACUCAUGACUGUUUUGGAGCUUCUCUAAAAGGGUUCAGAAGUGUAAUUUGUUGACUUAUUUGCUAUAUUUGUUUGAGCGAAUAAAGCUGCAUCAUAUUCCGUCUGAUCGAGAUUGGGAGUUCUUGGUAUGUAUCAGAACAGGAAACUGAUUUUUGAAUUACACCAGUAUAUUUUGUCAUUCUAGUG